AAACAAGAAAUCAGUCUUUCUUUAGAUCUUGUGAAAAUCGGUGGUUGUAGCGGAUCGCUCAUACGCUAGUAGGAUUACCAAUUCCUCUCUCAUGUUCUCAUUCGGUGCGCUUUGCUCUCAGUACUCUCUAGGCAAAUUUGUGUUGGAUCGUAAAUUCCGUGGCCAAGUUAGAAAUCUGUGAGGAAACCGCUGCGGUUUUUUUUGUGAGUUCGCCUUGUUGAUCAACGACAACAGUUGGCAAGUGGAAUAUCAUUGUUUUUUAGAAGAUAUGAGUUACUAUGUUGUGUAACAUGAGUUGUUUGGUGAAUGGAUAAAAUGAUUUUAAAAUCAUUUAAGUGUUUGCUUAAAGAACGUAAUUUGCUGAGAAGAUCAUGUUAAUUCCCUAGAUUGGUUUGAUUGAUAAUGGUUGUAUGAUUUGAUGUGAACAAUAUGGAUGCCAACACGAAUAAAUACAAACCAGCCAAUGUGUCAUCGAUGCCAGCGCUUGAUGAAACCGUGCAUAAAACUACAUCUCCUGGGGUGACGCCUGUUGUUAGCACAGUGCCUCAAACUACCGUAGGGGCGGAAGAUCCAUCGUUAACCGAUGCCGGAGCAAGCAAUCAACCGAAACGUCCCCUUAGACGACCGGGAAAAGUAAUCCCCGAUCGUCCGCAACGUGUAUUUUAUUGCCUUACUUUGAAAAAUCCACUUCGGAAGCUGUGUAUCAAAGUGGUAGAAUGGAAGCCUUUCGAAUAUCUAAUUCUUCUAACGAUUUUUGCUAACUGCGUUGCUUUAGCAACAUACACACCUUUCCCAAACGGUGAUUCAAAUUCAACAAAUGCCAUGUUGGAAAAAGUGGAACAUAUCUUUCUAAUAAUAUUUACUCUUGAGUGUGUGAUGAAAUUGAUUGCUUAUGGAUUCAUCAUGCACCCUGGAGCAUAUCUUCGAAGUCGGUGGAAUAUGUUGGAUUUUACGAUUGUUCUAAUCGGAAUGAUCAGCACCACAUUAUCCAGUAUAAUGAAGGAUGGUUUCGAUGUGAAAGCGCUGAGAGCGUUCCGUGUGUUGCGUCCAUUACGAUUAGUUUCUGGAGUGCCUAGUUUACAGGUAGUACUCAAUUCCAUUCUGAGAGCAAUGGUACCACUGUUGCAUAUUGCAUUGCUUGUAUUGUUUGUAAUAAUAAUUUAUGCAAUUGUGGGACUUGAGUUAUUUUCUGGAAAAAUGCAUAAAACUUGCUUUCACAAUAUUACAGAGGACAUGAUGGAAGACCCAACGCCAUGCGGCGAAGGUGGUUUUCAAUGCAGCUCCAUAGGUGUUAACUGGGUUUGUCGCUACUAUUGGGAAGGACCUAAUGCUGGAAUCACAAAUUUCGACAACUUCGGAUUAUCGAUGCUUACUGUGUUUCAAUGCAUUACAUUAGAGGGAUGGACAGAUAUGUUGUAUUACAUUGAGGAUGCAAUGGGAAGCAAUUGGCAGUGGAUAUAUUUUGUGUCUAUGGUAAUUCUUGGUGCGUUUUUUGUAAUGAACCUUAUUCUCGGAGUUUUAAGUGGUGAGUUUUCCAAGGAGCGAACAAAGGCGAAGAGUCGUGGCGAUUUUCAGAAACUUCGAGAAAAGCAACGAAUUGAAGAAGAUUUGAAAGGUUACUUAGACUGGAUUACUCAAGCAGAAGAUAUUGAUACAUACCAGGAACCACCGUCACCAGGAAAAAUGAUGUCAGAAGGAUUGCUGAAGGGUACUAGAGCAAUGCUCGCUGGUUCAGGUUCCUCCGUUUUCAGUGGUUUAUCUCCCAAUUCUACUGAAGGCUGCAUUGAAGCGAAUAUUGAUUAUGUACAAUCUGCAUCGAAGUCGUGGUAUAAUCAACAUUUCCGUGCUUAUGAUCGGCUGAAUCGUAAGAUGCGCCGAUCCUGCCGAAAGGCAGUAAAAUCACAAGCUUUUUACUGGCUCAUCAUAAUUUUGGUUUUUUUAAACACUGGUGUACUUGCAACUGAACAUUACCAUCAACCUCAAUGGCUGGACGAUUUUCAGGAGUACACCAACAUGUUUUUCGUGGCGCUAUUUUCAUUGGAAAUGUUUCUUAAAAUGUACAGUUUAGGGCUGCAAGGAUACUACGUUUCGUUGUUCAAUCGUUUCGAUUGCUUCGUCGUUAUUGGUAGUGUAGUUGAAGUUCUUUUGACCAACACUCAACUGAUGCCUCCGUUGGGUAUAUCUGUUCUCCGUUGUGUGCGGUUAUUGCGUGUCUUCAAAGUGACCAAAUACUGGCAGUCACUAUCGAAUCUUGUAGCAUCGUUGCUUAACUCAAUUCAAUCAAUUGCGUCCCUGUUACUGCUUCUUUUUCUUUUCAUCGUAAUAUUCGCUCUACUGGGAAUGCAAGUGUUUGGCGGACGUUUUAUCUUCAAUUCAAUGGAUAAUAAACCGCGUUCAAAUUUCGAUAGCUUUGUGCAAAGCCUUUUGACCGUGUUUCAGAUCCUUACAGGAGAGGAUUGGAAUGCGGUUAUGUAUGAUGGUAUCCAAGCUUAUGGAGGUGUGGCAUCUUUUGGAAUUUUAGCAAGCAUCUACUUCAUCAUUCUAUUCAUUUGCGGAAAUUAUAUAUUGUUGAAUGUUUUCCUUGCCAUUGCUGUAGACAAUCUUGCCGAUGCUGAAUCAUUAACUGCUGUUGAGAAAGAGGAUGGUCCUGAUACAGAACUCGAUAAUUUGACUGAAAAGUCGGAAAAUGAUUUGGGUGGUAGAGACAAUGAGGAUGAGGAGGAUCUCAAUGGCGCUGAUGAGAUUGAAGGGCUAAACGACGAUGAUGAAAAUUUUUAUAAGAAUGAUGAACCAAGGAGAGUCUACGAUGUUCGAUCAAAUGCAAUGGAAGACUCUACCGUGGAUAAGACUAGUAAAAAUGCAAAUGUCACAAAAAUCUCCAUCAGUAUCAACAACACUAAAAUUGCAUUACCAACGUUUGAAGAGGCGAAAAAAACGCGCAUCAGUAGAGUAGUGAUACAAGAUCACUGUGAAGCGAUAGAAAUACCGAAUGAUCGUUCUUCCGCUCAUACAACAUAUGCCAAACGAUUAUCGGAGGCCGUGGUAUCCAGCAGCCCUAUACCGAUAUCGGACGAAAAGUCACUCUUUCUAUUGAAGCCUACCAACAGGUUUCGUCAGUUUUGCCACUGGUUGUGUAAUCACACAGUUUUUGGUAACAUAAUCCUCCUGUGCAUCAUGCUUUCUUCCGUUAUGUUGGCUGCUGAGGAUCCGUUAAAUGCAAAUUCGGAGCGGAAUCAAAUAUUGAACAAAUUUGAUUUCUUCUUUACCGCUGUAUUUGCUAUCGAGCUAAUUUUAAAAGUGAUAGCUUACGGAUUUAUUCUUCACAAGGGAGCAUUCUGUCGCUCAGCCUUCAAUUUAUUGGAUUUGCUGGUAGUCAGCGUCUCAUUAGUGUCCAUGUUGUUCAGCUCAGGCACAAUAUCUGUCGUCAAAAUUCUUAGAGUGCUUCGAGUGUUAAGGCCUCUUAGAGCUAUUAAUCGAGCGAAAGGAUUAAAGCAUGUUGUGCAAUGCGUUAUUGUUGCUGUUAAAACAAUUGGAAACAUUGUUUUGGUAACAUUUUUGCUACAAUUUAUGUUUGCCGUGAUUGGAGUACAAUUAUUCAAGGGUAAAUUCUUUUCCUGCUCAGAUCGUUCGAAAUACGAAGAAGCGGAAUGUCACGGCACUUACUUAGUUUUCGAAGAUGGUAACGUAGAUAAACCUGUGUCGAAGGAAAGGGAAUGGUCUAACAAUAGGUUUCAUUUCGAUGAUGUACAAAAAGCUAUGCUUACCCUAUUUACUGUUUCUACCUUUGAAGGCUGGCCAUCCUUGCUAUAUGUGUCGAUCGACUCACAUACGGAAAACUUUGGACCAAUAUACAAUUAUCGGCCGUUGGUUGCGACGUACUACAUUAUAUACAUAAUUGUUAUUGCCUUUUUCAUGGUAAACAUCUUUGUUGGCUUUGUGAUAGUGACAUUUCAAAAUGAAGGCGAACAAGAGUAUAAAAACUGUGAUCUCGAUAAAAAUCAGCGUAAUUGCAUCGAAUUUGCACUUAAAGCUAAACCAGUCCGACGAUACAUCCCAAACGAUGAUCGGAUACAGUAUAAAGUAUGGUGGUUCGUUACGUCACAGCUAUUCGAGUACACCAUAUUUAUUCUGAUUAUGAUGAACACGAUUACACUGUCUAUGAAAUUCUAUCGUCAACCACAACCCUACACAGAAUGGCUAGAUUUUUUAAAUCUACUGUUCACUGCAGUAUUUGCACUGGAGUUUGUAUUCAAACUAGCAGCCUUCAGGUUUCAGAACUAUUUUGGAGAUGCUUGGAACGUUUUCGAUUUUAUUAUCGUAUUAGGAAGCUUUAUCGAUAUCGUUUAUUCCGAGGUGACGACUAGUAGCGGAACUAAGGGUGCUUCGACGAUCAUAUCCAUAAAUUUUUUCCGCUUAUUUCGUGUAAUGCGACUAAUCAAAUUGUUAGCUCGUGGUGAAGGAAUACGCACCCUUCUCUGGACAUUCAUAAAAUCCUUUCAAGCACUGCCAUACGUAGCAUUACUUAUAGUAAUGUUAUUCUUUAUUUAUGCUGUCAUAGGAAUGCAAGUUUUUGGUCGUAUUGCGUUGGAUGACGAUACCGCAAUACAUAGAAAUAACAAUUUCCAAACCUUUCCUCAGGCAAUUUUGGUUUUGUUUAGAUCAGCGACUGGAGAGGCUUGGCAAGAUAUCAUGCUUGAUUGUUCUGCUCGUGAAGAGGUACGCUGCGAUGAAAACUCAGAGGAUAAGGAAUCCAAAGAAGGCUGUGGAUCCAACUUUGCCUUCCCUUACUUUAUUUCCUUCUAUGUACUUUGUUCAUUUCUCAUCAUAAAUUUGUUCGUGGCCGUUAUCAUGGAUAACUUUGACUAUUUGACACGAGACUGGUCCAUUCUUGGACCCCAUCAUCUGGAUGAGUUUGUGCGCCUGUGGAGCGAGUACGAUCCUGACGCGAAGGGUCGUAUCAAGCAUCUGGACGUAGUGACCCUGCUACGUAAAAUCUCGCCACCGCUUGGUUUUGGCAAGCUAUGCCCACACCGAGUAGCCUGUAAGCGUCUUGUCUCGAUGAAUAUGCCGCUAAACAGUGAUGGUACGGUGUUAUUCAAUGCAACACUGUUUGCGGUAGUGCGCACCUCGCUAAAAAUCAAAACUGAGGGGAACAUCGAUGAAGCCAAUCUUGAGCUGAGACACAUUAUUAAACAAAUAUGGAAACGAACGAGCAAUAAACUGCUGGAUCAAGUAGUACCCCCGCCUGGCAUAGAUGAUGAGGUAACAGUGGGUAAAUUCUAUGCAACAUAUUUAAUACAGGACUACUUCAGGAGGUUUAAAAAACGAAAAAACUAUGACCGUAAUUCUGAACCGGCUUCACACAUGACUUUACUAGCCGGAUUACGAAUACUGCAUAAAAAAGGGCCUAAACUGAAGCGUAAGAUUUCCGGCACACUUCAUGAAAGUGCAUCUUCUAUAAACCCAGAGCCAACACAUCGGCGUAAUCACAAGCUCUUUGGAAUUAAUUGGCCCACGUCAUACACGAUAAGGAAACCCUACUUUAAUAAAGCUAAUACUAUUAAUUCGACCCAAGAACAUUGCCCUCCGGUUCGGACGACAAGAACUUAUGCUACACUGAACAAAGGAUUCCGCGAUGUCAAUAAAACUCUAAUGUACGGUUUUAGAAUGAUGCAUGAUCACGAUCAGUUCAAAGAAACUUUCACCAGUGAUAUUGAAAUUGAAACCAAUGAUAGUGAUAGAGCACUAAAACCACUUUGUUUUGGCGAAAUAUAUUCAAAACAGACUAGCCGGGUUGUAAAUGCAGCAGAAAAUGAAACAUAAUCUUUAGUACUGAUUCAGUCUUUCUCCGAGUUACGCCAGUUCGAGUUAGGUUAAUUUUUAUUUGUGACAGUUCAUAUGUCUAACCAGUACAAUUUUCUGCAUCUCUUAUCAAAUGAAAAUAAUUAGCAUAUUUUCUUCAAAAGUGUUACGUCACUAAAAAGACAUACAUGACCGAAUUUUCUACACCAAUUGCAUUGAAUAAGUAAUUAAUUACACAAAUGAACUAAAUUCAAUCAAAAAUCAUUCUUAAUAAAGUAUAUUUUGGCUGUAAAACUUAA